UCUGAUAGUAGCGUACUUGUGUUGCAGAUUUAAUAUGGAAGAACAAAGUGUUAUAUCAGGAGGCGCAUCUACUGGGGCAGGGGAAGUUUCCGAUUCCAACAAUAGCAUUUCCCACCUUCAUAACAAGUAUCCAAAACAUGAUUAUGCUGCCGCCUGUUCAAAAUAUAAAGGAGUGGUGAUCCAACAGAAUGGGCACUGGGGUGCUCAGAUAUAUGCCAACCAUCAGCGCAUUUGGCUCGGGACUUUCAGGUCAGAGAAGGAAGCUGCAAUGGCAUAUGACAGUGCAGCUAUCAAGCUUCGUAACGGAGACACACAGCGAAACUUCCCUUUGAGCGAUGUCACUAUCCAUGAGCCAAACUUCCAAGCACGAGCCCAAGUAGGUCACAGUUUGGCUACUUCGCCCAAUACAACAGGGUUUCUAGGCGGACAACUUUUCCAGAAGGAACUCACACCAAGCGAUGUUAGCAAGCUGAAUCGUCUUGUCAUUCCAAAAAAGUAUGCCGUGAAGUAUUUCCCUCGGAUAUCUGAUUUGGAAGACAAUAAUGGUGGUAAUACGGAGGAAGUAGAACUGGUAUUUUUCGAUCCAUCAAUGAGGCCAUGGAAGUUUCGCUAUUGCUAUUGGAAGAGUAGCCAAAGUUUCGUGUUCACUAGGGGCUGGAAUAGAUUUGCAAAAGAAAAGGGGCUAAGGCCAAGGGACAGGAUUAUAUUUAGUGCAUAUGGAUGUAGAGAUGGAUCAAACGAAGUUCGGAAACUCUGCAUGAUUGAUGUUGCAUAUUAUGAUGGUGCGCAUGUACACGGGAUUCAGGCCAGUAACAAUGGUGAGGAUGCAUUGAACCUUCAGAUUGCACAGCCUGCUGAGGAUCUUGAUCAUGGCGAAGAAGCUGAGGAAAUGAAUAUACAACAUAAUGGUGAAGAUGAAAAUGCAUCUGGAGGAGAAAGGGAUUUUUUGGGAACUUUUCCAACGAAUACAGAAAAAAUUGGAUUCAGGCUAUUUGGAGUGCAAAUUACUUGAGGAAGAUUAUAUUUUCAUUGUAUAAUUGAAGUUUUAUGUUGCACAGAGGUGAUGAUUACUACACGUUUCCUGUUAUCUCUGGCAAUUUAACUUCUUUUUUGAAUUACUUGUGGAAUUUGUUGUUUUCAAUUUUUUUUAUCAUUUACAAGUCAAAAGUACUGUUGAUUUGUUUACAACUUGACUCUAAAUUUAUUGUAAUUAAUUUUUAUUUGUUUAAUGCUAUCCUAGUAAGUACUAGUGAACACCAGUUUAUAAGCA